CAACACUAUCUUUUUGCAGUGACACCUCAGAAUUACUUUAGUGGUGUUUGUUUGGUUAUUUCAAAGAAAACAAAAUUUAGGGAAACUAGUCCUGCUUCCAUAAACAUAUAUGCAUAUGACAGAACCACCAAAAGUGGGAUAUUAUUCUCUUUGUAUCAGGAUUUUGAGUGUUUUCUGGAACAGAAACACUUACCUGUUUGUCCAGAAAGGUUUUUUUUUUGGGGGGGUGUGGGUAGUGGAGUAUGUGGUUUGUUUUACAAACAAGAACAUGGUCUGAUACAAAAUGCUAAUAUUAAGAAUUGUCAGUCAGAUUUUUACAGCUCUUUUUGAGUGACAUAGUCUGUCCCAUCUGUCUCAAGAGAUGUGCCAGAUGCAUAUGAUACAGAAAAAGCUACUCACUUCAGAGAGCAGCAGCAUCCAUAUGCACCAUGUGAAAAUCACUCGUGUUUUAAACCAUUAUCUAAAUGCCUUUUUGCACAGUUCCUUGCUCAAAUUUGUACAAAACCCAAGAUACUCAUACCUCUGGUAUUAUUUUUUUUUCAAUACAUGCAAGAUGAGUUUCUUCAAGGAAUUCUAUUUUUAAUGAUAUGGAUUUGAAUGUUUUUAUAUAUUCAACUUUUGGUAUAGCCAUGCUUUUUAAUGUUCCCUGUUACAACAUGUUUAUUAAAUCCUGUCUUAACCCGAUCAGAAUUUACACAAGCUGUAACCAUUUGCACUGGACAGAGCAGGUUAUCCCCUUAGUUAGCUCUGAAACCCUCUGAACAGCAGUGACUUAGCUAACCCCAAAGCUGGGCUCUGAAAGGGCCGUUCCUAUGGAGCACAGAGACUUCCCAGCACCUGUGGAAGCCCUGGCAGCCCAAGCACUGCCUACCCCAGUCCUGGGCACCAGUCACAGUGCCCGGGGAUGGAAACGCUCACCUGCUCCAGCACAGCUCCUGUGAGCCCAGGGCUGCUCCAAACAGGGAACAAAACAGUGCAGCUCUUUUGUGCUGCCAGGACUGACUCUGUGUGUGUGUGUAUCUGUGUGUCUGUCUGUGUGUCAGUGUGUCUGUCUGUCUGUGUCUGUGUGUGAGCCUGCCCAGCUCCUGCCAGGGCAUAAGGACCCUUAAAUCGUAGAAUCACAGAAUGCUGAGGGGUUGGAAUGGACGUUCAGUGCCAUCUUUUCCCAGCCUGCCUGGGCAGGGACAGCUCCCACACGGGCCAGGCUGCUCAAGGCCUUAUCCAGCUCGGCCUUGAGCACUGCCAGGGCUGUGGCAUCCACAAGCUCCCUGGCUUCCAGUGUCUCACCACCCUCAAAGUAAAUAAUUUCUCUCUGUUAUCUUACCUCUCAAUUUGUACCCAUGUCUCCUUGUCCCGUCACUACAGGUGCCAGCGCCUGAGGCACCUCUGACACGGGGCACUCCCUCCCGUGUCCCCUCACUACAGGUGCCAGCGCCUGAGGCACCUCUGACACGGGGCACUCCCUCCCGUGUCCCCUCACGCCGCUCCCUCCCUUCUGACACAGCCGAGACCGCGGCCCUCGCUCGCCGCUCGCCGCUCGCCCCCGCCCCGGCCCGCCCGGGGGUGUGUCCGGCCGGCCCCGCUCCGGGCCCCGCUCCGGGCUCUGCUCCGGGCUCGGCUGGUGGCCAUGGCCCCGGGGAAGGCCCCGUGCCGGCGGCGCAGCAGCGACUCGGGCGUGGAGCCGGACCGCGGGCCGCUGCUCCGGGACAGGGACCGGCUCACCGCGCUCUCCCAGAAGAAGAAGGACCAGCGCAUCGCGCUCUUCCUCAGCGACUUCGACCAGCAGGCCAAGGAGCACAUCCAGGAGAUGAAGAAAGAACUGGAUUCGCUUUUGCAGACAGCGGAGAAGGCGUUUGAGGUGGAGCUGCUGACGAUGCCGGCUGCCGUCAGGAAGAUGAAGAGGAAAGAGGUGCUCGAUUUGCAAGGACAGGAGGAAGUGACUCUUGCUGCUGUAGUAAAUGACUGCUCUCUAGAAGACAUACCAAAUCCCAAACUGGUGAGGACCAACAGCAAAAAAGUUAAGGUAACUACAAUUGUUGAAUAUGAAGAUUCCAAGCACAGUUCUGCAAAGAAAAUAACUAAAAAAAUUUCCAAAACCAGGUCACUGGUUUCAUUGGCCUCUGGUUUAACUGGCAAACUGAACUCUCUUUCUAGUGUCACAAAUCUCAAAGCCACUCCAAAGGGAGCUAAAAGUGCUGGAUUACAACAGACUGUCUCAAGAACUUUACCUGCCAGUGGAAGAGUUCAAAGCAUGUUAAAAAGAAGUAAAUCAGUACCCCAACAUAAAAGUGUUCCAUUUGUCAACAUUCCCCUGGCUGAUGGACAGACACUCUGUACAGCUGGUGGAGACCUCCAUAAUAUUGAUGUGCAGCUCUUAAAUCAGGAUACAGUACAGCACAUUCAUAACCUGGUGAGUGAGCUGACUGUACUGUGUGGAAAGGUAACACCUAAACCAAGUUAAUGGAACUGUCCUGUGACUCCAGAACAUUCGUGACUGCUCCUGCCUGCUGCCUCCAAAGUGUUGAAAUUAUAUCUAUUAUGUCUUAAUAAAGGUGCAUACUGCCCAGUAAAUGUUUUUAUAAGCUUUUA